AUGUAAUAAUUACUCUUUUUAUUAAUAAGUGUCGUUUUGGCUUAAGAUGAUUUGAUAACGGUAUAAGUAGUUUGGAGACAUGGAGCCAGAAAUUAUUAUCAUUGUAAUUGGAAUUGUAUUGAGGAUUAGCCUAGAGGAGAUGAAGCAGUCUUAACUCCAACAGGCAUGAGAUAAUAAUAUGUAUUAGGGAAAUGGUUAAGAUAGAGAUACAUAAUUGAUAAUUAAUUUUUAUCAAGUAAGUUUAAUGAAAAUGAAAUCUAUAUCGAAAGUUCGGAUGAAAAUCGGUAAUUAUAAUCUAUAUACAAGAACUUUAACAAGUGCAUAUUGUAAUUUAUUAGGUAUGUAUCCAGAGGGUCCUUCUAUACCUCAAUUUGAGAAAGAAAAUGAAUCAUUAUUGUUGCCACCAAAUUAGGAUGCUUAGAUUCCUAAAGAUUUAGGUGAUAAUGCUUUACCUCAUAAAAUUUAAUUAAUUCCAAUUCAUACAAAAUAAAAGUCACUCCACUCUGCCAUUGUUAUUUAAUGUCCAAAGAUAGAAACAUUUAAUAGAGAAACUUAGCUUUACAAAGAGGUGAAUGUUGCAAGUGCAUAACUUUAUGAUGAAUUUAAUAAAGAAUUAAAUUUAUAAGGAGAAUAAAAAGUUAAUGAUAUUAUAGAAUUAUCACAUUGGAGAGAUACAUUUAUUUGUAAUAGAUACAAUGGAGAUCCAUUACCACCAAAUCUGAAACCUCAUACUCUAUAAUAACUAGAUAAUAUUGCAAACUUGGCAUAAUCUCUUGAAAGGUUCUAAACACAAGAGUAAAAUUAAUAUCAUUUUUUAGUUAGGUAAAAAUAUAAUCAACUCCUUAUUUUUAAAGAUUAAUUGAACAUUUUGAUUCUGCUUUAAAUGGAAGUUAAUACUUUAAAUAUUUUGCUUCGUCUGCACAUGAUACAACACUUGGAUGCUUUUUAUCAGCCUUAAAUUUAACAAGUGCUUAAUGUUAAGCUGAUAUUUAUUUAAAAAAGAAUAUUACAUACAAUAAAUGUAUGACUAAAGUAAAUAUAUAUCAUAUGAUAAAUAGUAUGUAGAAUUUGCGGCAAAUUUGAUAUUUGAACUUUACAAUAAUAUUAAUAUUGGGCCUUUUGUUAAAGUGCUUUAUAAUGGAGAGUAUGUUCCAAUAUGUUCAGAUUUUGCUAAAACUUGUCAAUAUACAAGAUUCCGUUCAAUUAUCACAGCUUAAUUAGUAGAUUAUCAAAAAUUAUGUAUUGAAUCAAAUGAUGAGACAUAUCGAGUAUUUAUGAUUCAUUUAUUUUCAUUAGGUUUCUUAAACUCCAAAAUGGGCAUAUACAUUUUUUAGUUUAACUAUUCUCCUCCUUUUAUUAGUAUUAAGUUGGAUACUAUACUUAAGAUCGUAAUAAGGUUAUAGAGAUUAGAAUUGA